AUGCCCUGGAAUCCACAUCCACCCAGCAUCUUUCAUGAUGAAUCAUGGUCUACACCAUGGCGUUCAUCUGAAUUUCCACCCGAAGAAACCCUCCUUGAGCGACGUAACCGACAACAUGCAAAACCAGAGUGGAAGUCUGUACCAGCAUUUCUGAACUAUCAAUCUAGCCAUUCUGGAGGGUGGCCAUGGGGCUGGGCCAUUUAUCGUACCUCCUAUGCUAAAACAUCCGAUGAAGACUGGGCUAGAGCCAUUGAAAAGCUCGACCAGGCCUGUAUGGCUGACCUGGAAUUUUUCGAGCGCAAUUGGUCCCAAACUGGGGCCACGUGCGUUAAAAUGAUCCGUGAAGGCUACCGGAAUGUGAUCUUUGAAGAUCCCACCUUGGAGGGGGCAUCCGAAGCCGUGAUUCAACGUCGACAUCAAAAAUGGGUCGAAGACCAUGGCCUCUACGUGUGCAGUGCCGUUCCUCGCCUCAACUACCCUCUCUUGUUGGAUGAGCGCUGUGUGCGGUCGAUUCUAGCUAGCUCGGAGCCGAGGCGACCACCUGCUUUGCAAUCUGAAUCAUACCCGCAUGCUACAGAUGGGCCUGGAGUAACGGUCGGUUAUGUCAACGUCAUUGAUGGUGAUUUUGUCCUUGAAAACUGGGAAGAGGAAUACGGAGAGUUCUACCGCGGAUUGGUACGGGUUCACCUGGAUUGUUUAUUUUGCUUCGCUUUCUAUUGUGAAAACCUGAUGGAUGACCAGGAUUGGGGCUCCUGGGGUAUGGAUACCCCUACUUUUGUGCAAUAUACGGAUGGCCGUUCAUGUGAGCUCGAACGGAGGGAAUUGUUUCUUUCUUCUCCAGAUCGGAGUCUGGAGAGGACAGUGAGUGUCACCGAGCUUGAAUACGAAGCGCACCGGUAA